AGUGUCUUCGGGACGCCAAGCCUGAGGGGAACUCGAUAGGACGCGGAGCGCCAAGGGCACGGACCGGAAGCGGAAAGGGACAGCGGGCGUUGGAUCCGGGCAGACGCGGGCUUCGAGCCAGAGGUUCCGUUCCGGGUGCGGGAUGCGAGCUGGAGACGCAGGUGAGUGGGGGAGCUGGGGAGAGGAGAGGGCUGAGAGAAGCAGUGGGCGGGGCAGGGGGGCCGCGAGGCGCUUAAAGGGCCCCCGCAACCAAGCGAAGCGCUGUCCGACCCGCCUCAGACUUUGAUUCCGGCGCGCGCGCGCGCGCGCGAGUACCCAUGGCCGCUGCCUUUGCCUCCCAGCUGGCCCCCGCUGAGAGCCGUCCCACCAUGGAGUCUCCCGAGGACUCGACUACAGAGGAGAACUACUUCGUGCACUAUACGUUCAAGGACCGCUCGCACUCGGGCCGCGUGGCGCAGGGCAUCAUGAAGCUGUGUCUGGAGGAAGAGCUCUUCGCCGACGUCACCAUCUCGGUGGAGGGCCGCGAGUUCCAGCUCCACCGGCUGGUGCUGGCGGCCCAGAGCUGCUUCUUCAGGUCCCUGUUCACGUCGAAGCUGCGCGAAGCAGGCAACCGCGUGAUCGUGCUGCGGGACGUGAGCCAGGCUGUGUUCCAGCUGCUCGUGGGCUACAUCUACCACGGCACCGUGAAGCUGCGCGCCGACGAGCUGCAGGAGAUUUACGAAGUCUCCGACAUGUACCAGCUGCCCGCCCUCUUCCAGGAGUGCUCCCGCUUCCUGGCGCGCACCGUGCAGGUUGCCAACUGCCUGCAGGUGAUGUGGUUGGCCGACCGGCACAGCGACGCCGCGCUCUAUGCCGCCGCCAAGCACUGUGCCAAGACCCACCUGGCCCAGCUACAGGACACCGAGGAGUUCCUGCACUUGCCCCAUCACUUACUCAGCGACAUCGUCAAAGAUGGAGUCCCAUGUUCCCAGAACCCAUUGGAGGCAAUAGAAACCUGGGUGAAUUUCAACAAAGAAGAGCGAGAGAGUUUUUCAGAAUCUCUUAGGUCCAGCUUAAAGGAGAUUGGAGAGAAUGUACACAUUUACCUGAUUGGGAAGGAAUCAUCUCGUACUCAUUCCCUGGCUGUCUCCCUACGCUGUGUUGGGGAUGACUCUAUCAGUGUAAGUGGCCAGAAUAGCUUGUGCCAUCAGAUCACAGCAGCCUGCAAGCAUGGUGGUGACCUGUACGUGGUAGGUGGAUCCAUCCCCCGACGUAUGUGGAAAUGUAACAAUGCAACGGUUGACUGGGAAUGGUGUGCUCCCUUGCCCAGGGACCGGCUUCAGCACACUCUGGUUUCUGUCCCUGGAAAAGAUGCCAUCUACUCUUUAGGUGGCAAAACCCUCCAAGAUACCCUCUCAAAUGCCGUUAUCUACUAUCGGGUGGGAGACAAUGUCUGGACAGAGACUAGCCAGCUGGAGGUGGCAGUAUCGGGGGCUGCUGGGGCCAAUCUCAAUGGGAUCAUCUAUUUGCUAGGGGGUGAAGAGAAUGACCUGGAUUUCUUUACAAAACCUUCUCGGCUCAUCCAGUGCUUUGAUACGGAGACAGAGAAAUGCCAAGUGAAGCCCUAUCUGCUGCCCUUUGCAGGCCACAUGCAUGCAGCUGUACAUAAGGAUCUGGUGUUCAUUGUGGCAGAGGGGGACUCCCUAGUGUGCUAUAACCCCCUGCUGGAUAGCUUCACCCGGCUUUGCCUUCCUGAGGCCUGGAGUUCAGCUCCUUCCUUCUGGAAGAUUGCCAGUUGCAAUGGCAGUAUUUAUGUAUUCCGGGACCACUACAAAAAAGGGGAUGCCAAUACCUACAAGCUUGACCCUGCCACCUCAGCUCUAACAGUCACCAGUGGCAUCAAAGUAUUGCUCACCAACCUGCAAUUUGUAUUGGCCUAAGGUCCUAGAGAAAGGAGUCGGAACUGUUCUACCUUCCUUUUUCUGUCUGUUUCCUUCCCUUCUUCCUCACUCCAACCUGGGAGGCCUCAAAACCUACUGUUCCAAGGAAUCCUACCACCAUGCUACCUUCUAUUGCUCACCUUACUUGGGCAAUUUCUUCUAGCCUCUUCCCAAGCUGGCGUAGGGUUCAGCUCUCUUUGGGGCUUUUUAUACAGAGGCAUCUCAGACCCCUACCCGGGAUUGCUUGCUGCUCAAAAUCCCCAGGCACAUCUGUGCUUGGUUUAGACACAGCAGCUGCUUGAUCUCUUUGGCACAGCGUUCCCCCCAAGCUGAAGAAAAUUAAACAUGAGAACCUUUCACCCUAUUGGCAUAGAGGGCCCAAACCCCUUUCUUUAAAGGGAGCUGAAACAAUAGAGGAGAUGCUGUUUUCUUGUGAACUGAAGAAAACAGACUGCUGUUUUCCUUUAGGCUCUGAUCUAUGGUUUUAGUGAGGGAAUUGGCCUUAGCUGUGCUUGGCUGCUCUUUAGGGACCACAAUGAGGAUCUUGGAUUCUGGAAAUUCUCUGUAGUGGCUUCUCAUUUGUUAAAGUAAAUAAAUAGCACUUAUUUCUAGGUUACCCUGUAACUAUUUUUGGGGCAAAGACUUUGUUUCUGAUUCAUAGCAGAAACUGUUUUUGCAACAUGAAAGUAGCUCCUGCUCUUGCAGAGGCCGUGAACCCAGGCAAAAGCCAGGACUGUUCUCAGUAAUAAAAAUCUUUGGUGGGACGAGUAUGUGUUUCUGUCUAACAUUGAAUGGGUCAUCUCCUAAAGCACUGUAACUACAUGCCAAAGACUAUGCUGGUGUAACACUUUCUCUCUUUUCCAAAAUCAAGAGCUUUUUAAGAAAGGAAACUGGGCAACUAUGAAGGUCAGGAACUAAGGUCUUUCUUUGCCUUUCCUGGGGUUAAAAUGCUUUGCAGUGAGAAAUGAUAAAAGUAAAAAUA